AUGGAUAGUGAUAAAAAAUAUAAUUUUCAAGGGAAUUAUAAUGGGAAUAGUUAUGAUAAAAAUAUGAAUUAUUAUAAUAAUGUAAAUAAUUGCUAUUAUAAUUAUGAUGAAGAUAAAAGAAAUUUGAAGAUAAGUAAAAAUAAUAAUAAUAAUAUGCAUUAUAAUGAGGAGGAAUCUUAUAACUCUAAUUUCUUAUAUAACUAUAAUAUGAAUAAUGCAAAUUACAAUCAAGCAAAUUAUAAUAACUAUUGUAAUUAUAAUUUAAAUUAUUCAGGAUUUAAUAAUUAUAGUAAUAAUUUAACAAAUUAUUCUCAAAAUUAUUAUAGUAAUGAUCAAUAUAUAUUAAAUAAAAAAGCAGCGAAAAUUUUAUAUAUAUAUAAUAUGUCAAACGAAUAUACUGAUGAAAAUUUUAUUUAUAGUUUAUGUUUUAUUUAUGGAAAUAUUGAUUCAGUUUGUUAUAUUAAAGGUAAGAAUCUUUUUAUUGUAAAAUUUGUUUCGGCAGAUUGUGCUUUAAAUGCCUAUAAUAACUUGCCAAAGUAUUUUAAAAAUUUACAAUUUGAAUUAAGAAAUGAAUCUAAAAAAAUUAGUUAUUUUAAUGAAAAGGUUAAUAGUAACAAAUAUGUAUCACCUAAUAUAUCAGAAAAAAAAUUUUUAUCAUUAAGUGCAGAAAAGAGAGAACAAAUUAUGAAUAUAAAGCAAAAAGAGUUGUUACGAAAAUGUAAAGAAAAAUUAAAUGAAUAUAUUAAUAUGUUCAAUAAUAAAAAUAUUACUAAUGAAACAAAAAGAGAAUUACAAACAUUAAUAGAUCAUUUAAAAAAAAGAAUACAGUUAUUAAAUAAUCAAUGUGAUAAUUCUAAUUUUAAUGAACUUUCUAAUUCUAUAAUAUUAAAUAAUUAUAAUAAUAAUAAUGACAAUAACAAUAUAGAAAAUAGUACAACAUUAAAAAUUAGUUCAUUAAAUAAUAUUAGAAAUAAUGAAGAAUUAAGUAAUUAUAUAUUAAAAAAUAAUUCUGUUUUUUUAAAUGAACAUAUAUCUUAUUUUUCUUUAUUUUCAUUCGGAGAAAAAUAUGCUAUUAUCAAAUAUAAUAAUGAAAAUAUUGCAAAAAAUGUUUUUCAAAAUUGCCAAAUUUAUAAUAUUCAAGUGGAAUUUGUUCCUGAUGAUACAGCAAAUAAAAAUGAAAAUUGA